UUUUUUAAAGCCAUAAGGUGAUCAAAGGUGAUCUUCUCUCGGGAUGGUCCCACCGAGAAAAAGUGGGUCUUGCAUUUUUCUCCUUUAAGUGACUCACUUGGCAUACUCUAUAAAGAGUCACCCCCUGCUGCAUAUUGCAUGUUUUUUUCUCUCAGUACCUCAUCUCAUCCUUUCCAGGAGGUGAUGGUCGCUCCCCUCUAUAUCAAAAGUUCUUUCCCCAUUGCUUAGAGCCUAUAUUCUUCAACUUCUGAGAAUGGGCCAGAGGCAUAAUAGACGCCGCACUCGUCGUUCAAGCAAUCACAACACUAUAUCUCAUACUGUUCUCGCUCAACAUCCGACCUUGCCCGUGGCAAUCAAAUCACCUAUUCGGACACCUCAGAACAGCUUUUGCGCCCUUGUGUCUGCCGACAACUCUCCCGACGCAUGCAUUUCACGUGGAUCUCCGGCAGCUACCCUCGCCCCAUCAUGGCAAUAUGGGUAUACAGCCUGGCAGACCCGUGAGCGCUCCUCGCGGCUGGAAUCAGGUUGGCUGGAAGAAGCACAGUGUCGUCUGUUUGGCGGAGAGCCGGGGGACGAUGUGAGCCUCUGUUACCGGAUGCUUGAGUACUUCGGUGGACUCGACUACAUUGACCCAACGAGUGGCCAGGCCCUUGGAGAUUGAAUGUUUAAGGUUCAGACGGGAACUUCAACGUCUGGAACCUUAAACCUGACUGGUUGUUUCGCCUCUCUUUUUUUCAGUCAACGAAAAAGACAAACCCCCAAAACGAUUUUACGAAUUUGCGACGUUGAUGAAUCCGCGUUCGACAAAUAAAACAAAAGAAAAACUCCAUCGAAAAUCAACCGACAACUCGACGCACUGCGUCUUCUGUCGGCCACUGCAAAUGCGCCUACACCAUACUGAAGUGGCAAGAACGCCAGAUCACACGGAUUAUUCCGGGUCCCCGACUUGCAGCAAUGAAGAUGCCUCUCUCACGAGGUAUUGGAUUGGUCCCUCUUUACCCGGCCGUGUGGAUUCUGGUCCACUGAUUAUAUCGCACACAUGAGAAGAUGAGUCAUUGCCAUUUUCUGGCUGAUACCUCGUAUCCAUGCUUUGGCUAGAUUGGUUGAGUUUGCGUCCGACCUCGAAUCGUUGAUGCUUGAACUCCUUUUCUGGGCAGACUGGGGAGGUCUCGGUUAUCUUUGUUAUGAGGGGAGAAUUGUGUGCGAUGGAUUUGUUCUGUCAUACUUCUAAACAGAAAGUAAAUGGUUAAGGCUGGAGCAUGUGAUUUUGAUUGGAUAUUCGAUCAUCACUGUCGCUCUUUUAGAGUGUAUUUAAAAUCAGUAUAUAUGCAGCCUUGAGCUCAUUCACACCAAAAAUUAUGAACAUAUUUUGAAAAAUA